AUGUUACUUGAAAACAUAAAAGUAAUAAGUAUUGAUUAUUAUAGGUUGCUAUUCGAAUAAGGCCCUUUAACAAUAGAGAUCUUGAAAUUUCAGACAAGAGUACUCUCAAAGUUAUAGAUCAAGAGACCUUACUUGCAAUUCCUCCGGUAGAGACAGAAGUUAAAUUGGUCAAAAAGACCUAUAAAUUCAACUGGGUUUUUGACUAAAUAACUUCUUAAAAGGAUAUAUUUGAAAAGACUCUUGAAUAUUAGAUCCUUUCUUUAUUGGAUGGAAUAAAUGUUACACUCUUUAGUUACGGUGCUUCUGGAACAGGAAAAUCACAUACGUAAAUAUUUUUCUAUAUAUUUAGACUUAUGAAACUUAAUGAGGAUUAUGGAUUAUUGAUAAGAGCUCUUAAUUAAUUAUUUUAAACUAUUCAUAACAAAAAAAGGAAAAUUUAGAUGAAAUUUUCAUAUAUAGAAAUCUAAUAAGAGUAACUCUAUGAUCUAUUAAACAAUAUGAAUGGAAACCUUGAUAUUAGAGAUGAUAUAGAAAAAGGAAUAGUCAUAAAUGGAAUGCGAGAAAUUGAUGUUACUAGCACUUAAGAAGUGAUCAAUUUAAUAUAAUAUGGAAAACGAUAAAAAUCAACUAAAUAACAUGAAAUUCUAAUAUUUACUAUAUACAUACAAGAUAUGAUUGGUUAAAAUAAUGAAAUCUUAGUUUCUAAAUUUAUAUUAGGUGAUUUAGCUUGGUUUGAUAAAAGUGGAUAAAAGUCUGGAUCCUUAUAAGUUCUUAAUGACUGUAUAUCCUUAUUAAGUGAAGCAUAGAAUAAAUAGAUUUAACCAUUCAUUCCAUAUAGAAAUAGCAAAUUAACUAAAAUACUUAAAGAUUCAUUCGGAGGCAAUUCUAAAACUUUGAUUAUUGGUUGUGUUUCACCAUCAAUAACAAAUUAUGAAGAAACUAUCUAAACUCUAGAAUAUUGUUAAAUGGCUGCAGGUAUUUUUAAUCAAGGUACUAUCAAGAAUCUAUAAUAAAAUACUCAUCAAGAAGAUUUUAAAUAAAUUUAUGAUUAAUUAAUAAAUGAAAAUACAGAACUAAAGAAAUAAUUAAAUAAUAAAUCUAAUUAAAAACCUAUAAAUAAUGAAAAAGAACAAACUAAAUUAUAUGAAGAAAAUAUUAUAGAACAUUUUAAUAAUGAAUAAGAUAUAAAUUAAUCUAUUUUCAAAUAUUAAUGGGAAGUAGAAUAGAUUAAAUUUACUGUAAAUGAAAAUCAAGAAAAUCUAUAACGUAUUGAUGGAAUAGAUAGAAAAGCUGCAGAAUCUUUAAGAUAUUAAAUUGAAUAAGAUCUUAAAUAAUUAAAUAAUUAUUAGGAAUAAUUAACUAAAUUUUAAAAAUAGGCUAGUAAUUUCACAAUCCAAAGAAGAGCAUUAGAAGAAGUAAAUAUUUUAUAAUUAAAUUUAGAAUGUUAAUUAAAGUAAUUUAUCAAAUAAUUAUAAAUAAUAUUUAAAUAAUCUAAUUGAAAAACAUAUUCUAAGAUUAGAAGUAUUUGAAAUUAAACUUAAAGAAUAAAUUAAUGAAUUACAUAGAUAAUAACAUGAAAGGAUUAUGGCUAUUUAAAGAAGUUAAAUUACUUUAAGAGAUAGAAUUAUUGCAGAUCAAAGAAAACAUAUCAUUUCACAUGGUAAAAAUCAAUCAGUUUAACAUUAUUCUUAAAUUGAUACCACUACUGAAGUGAUAGAUGGAACAAAGGCAAAACUAAAACAUUAUCCAUUACCAAAAGUUAAAGGUAUUAUUAAUCAUUUUUAAUUUAGAUCAUUAUUUUAAUAAAGAAGCCUAUUUGUAAAGAAAAGAAUCUCCAAAAUCAAUAUUUAGUCCAAGACUUCAAACUCCUUUACAACUUAAAUAGAAAAAACCUUACAUACCUAAAACACCUCAUGCAAAAAUAAUUGAUAAUCUCUCUACACCAAUUUUACCAAAAUCAAAUCCAUUAGCAAAAGCACCUCCUUAAAAAUUAAUUGAUUCUUAAUCAAUGGUAGCUUUACCUUUAAUAACAACCAAUAGAAAUUUAUCUAAAUUUGUUUAUGAUUGGAGAGGAGGUGGUUAUAAAUUUAUUGAAGAUUAAAAAAAAAUACCAUCAUAAAGAGAACUUAAAAAGGUUAUUUAAUCCAAAUAACAUACUUAGUAAAGUCUUGACAAAUCAUUUUUCACUACUUCUAGUAGAAGUAUAUAAAUUAUAAAUUAUGAGGUACUUCUGCAAAAAGAGUGUCUUUCAAACAAAGUAUAUUACUUCCUGGAAAAGUACAUGAAUCUCCUUAUGUGAAAGGAUUUAUUAAUAAAGAAAUACAAAGAAAGAUGAAAUUACAAUAAUUGAAUUAAAAAAUGAUGAAAGUUACUAAAAAAAAAUGA